AUGCGAGUUGUGGAAUCACAAAAAGUUGCAGAGGCCGAAAUUCCGUUGGACAUCGCUAUGGCUGUCGAGGCCCUCACGGAAUUAAAGAAUUCACAUGCACGGGGUGAAGAACAACAACAACAUGAACAUCAAUACCAACAGUCAGAGAUACGGUCACAGCUACUGCGGCAACAAAAUACUAUAGAACAGAACAGUCUCCUUAAUAAGGUCAGGUCAAAUUCAUUGAUUCACAAUGCGGUGAAGGUUUACGAACAGAGUAAGAAUCAAUAUCCCAGCUUUAGGAAAGGAGCGGAAAUGGUGGAACGGAAGGCAUUGAUUCCGAUGGUUAAGCGGUUGGAAGAGCGGAGGGUUAAAAAGCGGCGACUGGUCGAAAGCAAACAGGCGUUGGAAGAAGGAGGAAACGACCAUGGAGAAGUCCAAGAUACCGAAACAGAACUCGAAAAUGAUAACGACGACGAAUUUGACAUCGACUACCAAAAUGGUUCUUCCGGAAGCAGGAGGACUUCUAAAAAACAAAAAAUAUCGGACGCGAUUGCCAAAUCCAAAAGCAAUCUGAAAGGGUACCAACUCAACAUGUCAAUCGAAUCCAAGAAGCGGUUGGUAACUUGCUUGCAUUUAUUGAAGCUGGCCAAUUACCAGCUUUCGAACCGAGUUAGCUUUUUGCAAGAUCUGAUUCACAAAGAGCAGCGACUUCGGCGCGGAAGAAUACGUGAGAAUCCUAACAAGACUCAAAGAAGUGUUGGAAGAAGUCCAAAUGGCAACGAGAAGCCAAGCGGGUCUGAAGACGAUGACAUAGAAAGUGAUGGCGACCAAGGAAGAGUUGAAGAAAACGACGAUGACGAGGAAGAGUUUUACGAUGCAUCUGACAACCUUGACGAGCAGUCCAAUGUGGUAAAGAUGGAAAUCGUGGGAACGGUUAAGAAAAUCUACUUUUUGAUUUCCAAGUUCACGGGGAACUCAUUACCAGAACCCGCGCGCAGCCAGGUCCGGGAAACCCUGCUAAAACUGCCCUCUAAUUGGAUAACGUCCAUGAAUUCAGAGAAACUGGCCAUAUACACCAAUUCCAAGAGUCUAAGUCCAAAUGGGAAAAUUCUCAUUUUGGCUCAAGAAAGUCUCGGGAUGGUUCACAAUGUUAUGGACGUGGUUGACAACACGUUGGGCAAAGCAGAGGAGUGGGUUAAGCACAAACAAGAGAUCAAGGAGCUGCUAAAGGCGCAGUACUUUAGCGAAAAAAGUUACAAGAAAGUGCCCAAGUAA